UGUGUCAUUGCGCUAUAUCCACGAACAAAGUUUGGUAGCGUUUGCGUUCUUUUUCUUCUUCUAUUUUUUGACCUGAGGAGAGUGUCCUAUUGUAGCCAGUUUGUAUUAGUGUUUGCAUUGAUAACGUCAAUAACGUUCCUCAAAACGCACUCUUUAUAUCUAGGAUCAUGACAAUUUUUGUGUGGCGGCCUUAAAGCAUUUGCAAAUGGUUGCUAUGUGACAAUUGAACUAACUCUCUAUAAUAUUAUGUAUUUAUGCUUAACGUGUUUAUACGUGUGUAUAUUGGCCAUUGUAUAACUGUACUUAUAUAUCAACGUGUAAACGUUUACACAACGAAGUAAAAACGUGAUUUUUUAAGCCACUCAUAGUUUUGCAGUUUAAAAAUUUCAAAGGUAUGUUUACAUAAAUGUGAAGGAAUCGCAAGAAUCUUCGUGUGGCUGGUAAGCAUUGGAAAUUGCAUUCGUGUUCAUCCUUGUGGCAAUAUAAUAUCUUACCAAUUAUAUACAAUUAUAUUUUAUUUUACGUCUAUAGCACGUCUUUACAACAUAUCGGUUUUUACAAUUACAUCUACUAUAAAGAAGCUGGUUUGCUUACAUAGUUUAGAACAUGAUUGUUAAAUACAAAAUAACCUUGUUCUAAGAAGGUUAAACGGUCAAUUGAUACGACGUAUAAUAUCCGGGAUAUAAAUUUAUCGUGUCUUACAUAAUAAGUCGCAAUCGUUAUACGGAUAAACUAUCAGCUUUUUAACAUGUGGGUAUAUUGCUAUUAAGCCAAAUGGAGGAGACUUAACCGGAGAAUUGCAAUCAAUUGAGUUUAUUCUGAAUCAUGUCGUACUAUGAAGAUGUUAUUCUGGAAGCUAAAGAAAAAGAAGAAAAUUUGUCAGGAGAUUUAGGUGUAAGACAUCGUAUUCCAUGGAGUGAUCGUGUAUUAUUAAAUAGUGAAAUACCUGGUUUACAUGAAGUUAAAGAAUUAUUGGACGAUGAUGAUGCUAGUUGUUUGGCAGAAGAAGAAGAUGGAGCUGGGUGUCCUUUGCCCUCAACUCCGGAAGAUGAUCAUCUCCUGGAUUGUGAGAUGACUGAAGUAUUGAAAGCAGGUGUAUUGAGCGAUGAAAUAGAUUUAGGAGCAUUAGCGCAUAAUGCAGCAGAACAGGCUGAAGAAUUUGUUCGAAAGGUAUGGGAGGCAUCCUGGAAACAAUGUCACUUUAGAAAUCUGCCAAGAUGGUUGCAAGAUAACGACUUCUUACACGCCGGCCACAGGCCACCGCUACCUUCGUUUUAUGCGUGCUUUAAAAGUAUUUUUCGAAUUCAUACUGAAACUGGCAAUAUCUGGACACAUUUGUUAGGCUGCGUUGCCUUUAUUGGUAUAGCUAUAUUUUUUCUAACACAACCUCCUAUAGAAAUUCAAUUGGAAGAAAAAUUGGUAUUUGGUACCUUCUUUGCUGGUGCUAUAAUUUGCCUAGGAAUGUCGUUUGCCUUUCACACAGUUCAUUGCCACAGCGAAUGUGUUGGAAAGCUAUUUUCAAAGUUAGAUUAUUGUGGCAUAGCUAUGCUUAUUAUGGGUAGUUUUGUACCAUGGCUUUAUUACGGAUUUUAUUGCGACUAUCAACCUAAACUAAUUUAUCUGUCUGUGGUGGUUGUCCUUGGUAUAACCAGUAUCGUAGUAUCAUUGUGGGAGCGAUUUGGUGAACCAAAUUAUCGUCCACUCAGAGCAGGAGUUUUUAUGGGAUUUGGUCUUAGUGGGGUAAUACCAGCAGUACAUUAUGCUGUUGCUGAAGGUUGGUUUAAGGCGAUUAGUCAAGCAUCCCUUGGAUGGUUAAUACUAAUGGGAUGUUUGUACAUAUUAGGUGCAUUGUUUUAUGCUUUAAGGGUACCUGAACGUUUCUUUCCAGGAAAAUUUGAUAUUUGGUUUCAGAGUCACCAAAUCUUCCAUGUAUUAGUGAUUGCUGCUGCUUUUGUUCAUUAUCAUGGUAUUACGGAAAUGGCAAUGCAUAGAAUGACAAUAGGCGACUGCACAAAUCCGUCGCAAGUGUUAGCUUUUUAAAUCUGCAGGUGUAUAUCCUCAUCUUGUUGAUAACUUUCAUCUCAUUACAUAACCGAUACAGGAAAAGACUUCAAGGAUUCCUAAAUCUUACGCCUUAGUGAAUCUGUGCUGUUGUAAGUAUGAUAUAUGUUGUGUGAAAUAGAAUGCGCGCGAAGGUAAUUAGAAGAUGACCACAAUUGGUUUUAUUGGUACAAAACUAAGAAGAAAGUGAUUUUAUAUGAAAUAAUAAAUGUUGAAAAUAUAGAAUUAAAUUUUUUAUCGAUCGUCAUUGUUAAAGAAUUAAUUUUAGAUACUGAAAAAUUAAUAUUUUU